CUUGAUCCGGCUCAGGGUGCUGAUACAGGUACAUGCUUCCAAAACAAACAAUAUGUGCAUCGCAGGAGGAUUUAGCCACAUGAUUAAAGAAGGAGGAUUGCGAUCGUUGUGGAGAGGAAAUGGAAUAAAUGCAAUCAAAAUUGCACCAGAAUCUGCUCUCAAGUUCAUGGCAUAUGAGCAGAUAAAAAGACUAAUUGGUAGUGACCAGCAGCCAUUAGGAAUUCAGGAGAGAUUGAUUGCAGGGUCACUAGCUGGACUAAUUGCACAAAGUACAAUCUAUCCGAUGGAGGUGCUAAAAACAAGAUUGGCAUUGCGGAAAACUGGGCAGUACUCAGGAAUGCUCGAUUGUGCAAAACACAUAUUUAAGAAAGAGGGGGUUAGAGCAUUCUACAAAGGAUAUGUUCCCAAUAUGCUGGGCAUCAUCCCCUACGCUGGAAUAGACCUGGCUAUUUAUGAGACUUUGAAGAAUUCCUGGUUGCAGCGCUAUGCUACUGACAGUGUGGAUCCUGGUGUUUUUGUUCUCUUGGCUUGUGGCACUGUUUCGAGCACCUGUGGACAGCUAGCUAGUUACCCAUUAGCACUUGUCAGGACACGAAUGCAGGCACAAGCUACCACUGAGGGAGCACCUCAGCCCACAAUGCUUGGACUCUUCAGGCACAUUCUGAGCACAGAAGGAGCAAUUGGACUAUACCGUGGUUUAGCACCCAAUUUCAUGAAAGUUAUUCCAGCUGUGAGCAUUAGCUAUGUGGUGUAUGAAAACCUGAAAAUGACACUUGGAGUCACAUCGCGAUGAAACUCAGAAGGGACUUGAAGCUGAUUAAUCUUGGGUGAUCAUCCUGGGGUUUCAACCAUUUCAUUCUGUGAAUGUCAUAAAACACUAGUUAAGUAAGGACACCAUGGGGAAGAGGGUUAAAGGGACCAUUUCCCCAACACGAGUCAGCAGGUUUAUUUUCUGAUUAGCCUUUGAUUUUUGACAGAAGUUGAAAAAUGCAGCUUGGAUCCUUAUUGGAGCUGAUUUGUGUAGCACUGUCUCCACUGCAUCAGUUAUUCAAAGACCACUUGAAGCUCUUUAAUUGUUACAUGACACUAUAUUACAAAUACCCAUGUGAAAAACACUUCUUGCAAUCAUGUGGUAUUCCUCAUCUGCUGAUUUUAAUCGUAGUGCUGCCCUAAAUUUUAAAGUAAGUGGGUUGAUGCUGGUGUUAAAAAGGCAAAUGGAAUAUCAUAGGAAUGCAUCAAGGUGUUAAACAACUAGCAUCGGCAUUCAUCAUUUGUAUUGAGGGGGAAUGGAAAAUCGAAUCUUUUUUGAUGAACAGGUUGGGUCUGUGGAGCAUUAGAACUUCUGCAAUCGAAUGUAAUGUGACUGUGGAUUUCCCCUCUGAAAUUGUAACUUGAUCUGCACAACUGGGAAGCUCCAGAAAGGAUUCUGGUUUCCUUUUUUUUUUAACUUCUGGAGACAAAAGUAUUCUCAUUCUUUUGUCACAUUUGCACAUUUCUUGAGUUUCGAUAUUAGCUGGGUUAAUUUUAUCAUGGUGUCUGGUUUUAUCAUGUACUGCAGAUGUAAACUGGAUAUUUAUGUUAUUUAUUGUUUACAAGUUUGCUAAAGGCUUAUAAUCUGAUAAUGGACACAUAAUCAUCUGGUAAAGGAACCAAAUAUUAGGUCCAUGUAAGAUUAUAUUAGACCAUCAUGAGUGAAGUUAAACCCACCCUUUCCAGUUUCUUUUAAAUCUGCUUCACUUUGUGCUGUGUGGGUGGUCAGCUCUCUUAUGGAAAUCUUAAAUGAUUGUCUCGUGUUUAGAAAGGGGUUAAAUUAUUUAUUUUUAUACACCUUGCUGUGCUAACCAGAUAUUUAUUAAUAAAUGUGACUUAAAUGAGGGCAGAUUGUGUUGCUGUCUUUUGCACGUCCUAUAAUUUAGCAGUUCAUUUUGUAUGAGUUUUAAAUCCUCUUGAGCCCUUUCUAAUGUGUGGAAGCAUGAAUUAACUUUCAGUCAUUUUGACUUUUUUGUUAAUUCCAAACUCUGGUUUGAAUGAGAAAUGAAAGGAAUAAAAGCAUGUGUACAGCACAGGCCAGUUUUCUCCUGUGAAGUAUGGCCAUUUUCCAUGUAGCAUAUUACUGCAGAAACAUCUAGGUCAAAUAGUUGACAGGCAAUAAGUCACAAGGCACUAACUUCAGUCUGAAAGGUGCUCAGGAAGGUGAGCUACGUUAUUUGGAGUAUUCCACUGAUGACAAAUGACGGAAGUUGAUAUUGAGUAUUGAUAAGUGGCAAAUCUGAUCCAGCAGGUGUUACUAGUUUCUAACAGCUACUGCUUUUCAUGUAAGCUACAAAGUCAGAAUAUCUAUUUUUCACCAGAAAGGCGAGAAAGAUCUGCAGUCUGGUGCUGCAAAUGUGUUCUUCCAUUUCUUGAAUUCUAAAUCUUUAAAAGAAAGCGUGAAAUCUGUCUGUACGCUGUUGGAGCUGGUCAGAUAGACAAGCCUUUUCUGUUUUUUGUAAGGGUUUGAUGGAGGGUGGUGCAGGUGACAAGCCUGCAGCAGUGGUGGAAGACAGCAAGACGGUUUGAAAGUGUGGAAGGAUGUUGUGAACAAAGAGGUUCAUGAAGUUGUGGUACAGUGAGACUUGCAGAACUUUGGGACCAGAUUCUAUAUCCAUCUGGUGAAAUGCAACUAGCAUCUCAAAUCUUGUGCUCCUUUAGCAAGAUCAGUCCUUGUUCGUCUGCACGUCACCACAGUGGAUUGUGGUUGGAGUGUGGUUUGUGCUGCAGAUGAGCAAAUGUUCUGUGUAGUUUUGACUUUAAUUUUAAUAAAAAAAGUAUUGCCUAUAUUUGUAGCAGUUGAAGGCCUUGUGUUGAUUUUGUUUCUAAAAAAGGGCACUUUUCUGAACUAAUUGUUUUUCAUUAAACAUCACAUUACAAUUACAAACUGAAUUUUGUGUAGUGCAAGUUGAGUUUUCAGGUGUUUCUCCCCCUCCAACCCCACCCCCACCUAAUUUAUGUAUUUAUUUUGGAAGUUUGUGAUAAGUAAAUUGUGUGUAACUAACUGUGAUCACCUAAACUUAAAGAAGUUUGACUAAAAGAAUGGCUUGAUCGCUACCUUGUUGAGACUCCUUCUUCUGUUUUAGCUGUUUAUCUACAAAAGUUACCAGGGAUGUGAAACUGCUGCUCUGCAACCUUCUGUGGAUAUUUAUAUAUUUUUGUUUGUGUUGUUUAAAAGAUGCUAACUUCCUGUUGGUAUUGUCCUGCACACUAAGUGCACUGUAAGAUUUUCUCAGGCAUUUGCAGCCUAUCUUCCUGAUCUGACUUGCAAACCUGGAAUCUGCACUGUUUACACUUUUUUCUGAGGAUUGAGGGAAAGAAAGAGAAUGAAGUAGCUUUGUUUUAUGUGGGUGAUUUCCUUCACAAACACAGAAUUUAUAAUUAUAUUACUGGGACCAGAAGGUAUUUUCUGCUGGAUGAUUAUUUUCACGUUAUGAACCAGUUGACCAUGGAAAUACAGUUUUAAAGUAUGAAUGUUUGUUUAUUUUUAACAAAAAGCUGUUUUAGCGAAAAAGAUGAGGGCCUGUAAACUGUGAUUAUUGGCCUCCAGCCGUGAAGUGCCUCUGCAGAUCCUGAUUUUCCCUCUUUGAGGGCUGUGCUCUGAGUCCUCUUCUCUUGGUGCAGUAUCUCCAGAGAACAGAUCCAAAUGUCCCACGACGCUGUCCUUUAGCUCAAUCCUUUACUUGAUAAAUGAAUCAAGGUCACUAUUUGUUUUGGGAUUUAACAGUGAAACCAGAUUUUGCCAAAGGCAGCCUGUGAUUAAGUUUCUUAAAUUAUGAAAUACAAGUUGUGCAGAAUCAAUGCAAGCAAAUGUUCCUGUUUUUUUGUGAUCCUAUUUGUGUUGUAGAGCAAGACUGAUAAUCGACCCUUUAUGUAUUUGUGUUCAAAUAGGGAACAGUCUUCUAAUAAAGUUAUUUCUGUGAAUAAAA